AUCGAACAACCCGUCGUCGUCGUCGACGAUCAUCAUCACCAUCACGGAAAGCUGAGCAAUAAUAAUCGAGACGAGUUGUUGGGAGAGGAGGUUGAAGUCCAAAAAUUGUUCAUUUCCUCUAUUUUCAGUGUGACUGGAGACGUGAUAUUCAAUGACGAAGACGGUGGUGCUGAAAUGCAGCGAAUGGUGGAGAUAAUGGAGAAAAAGAAGAAGGAGAACGGGCAGAGACUCAUGGAUUUGUUGGCACGCAUGCAUCGAUUCAAUGAUUACUGUAAAAAGGAAGGCUGGCUAUCGACGAAUUCCGAAAUCCAGGAACUACUACAAAUCGGAGCCAUUCUGGAGACGUCGAUUCAAUAA